AUGGCAUCUGUUGCUCCCCCGGCCAAAAGAGCCAAAAAAGGAUGUGGAAUGUGCAGAAAGGUGGAUCCACCCGGCCAAGGAAAGACGGUGCCAUGGGUCCAGUGUGACACCUGCCACAGCUGGUUCCAUUGGCUCUGCACAGUGGUCAGCAUCCUCCAUAGAGCUCCACAGCUGAAGCGGUGGAUAACGGCUCCUUUCCCCAGGUUUUCGUUGCUCAUUUCGGCUUUGCGUCUUCGUUCCUCCGUCACCAUGAACAGAGCUCGAUUCUCCGCAGUGUUCGCGCUUCUUUUAGCGGCCCUGGUCUGUAGUUCCGAGGCAGCGAGGAGCAGCAGGAACCAGCCCAGUAACAGCUUCAGGCGGGCGGCUAACGCGGUGUACCAGAGCCUUAGCAACGUGUUUGGAGAGGACAAUAUCAAAGGCCUGUACAAGUUUUUCUCCAAAACCACGGAGCGCUUUGUUCAUGGAGUGGACUCUUUCCUGGACACGCUGUGGAAGAUCUGGUCUGACCUGCUGGACGUUAUGGGCAUCGACUCGUCGAACCUGAGCCAGUACUUCAGCCCGGCCUCUCUGAGCACGUCCCCGGCCCGUGCCCUGCUGCUUGUGGCCGCUGUGCUGGUGUCCUACUGGUUCCUGUCCAUGUUCCUGGGGGGCUUCUUCUACCUGCUGCACGCGGUGUUUGGGCGCUUCCUGUGGGUGGCGCGCGUGCUCCUCUUCGCGCUCUCCUGCCUCUACAUCCUGCAGAAGUUCGAGGGCGACCCGGAGAAGGCCGUGCUGCCGCUGUGCUUUGUCAUGGCUCUGUACUUCAUGACGGGGCCCGUGGGAGCGUACUGGCGCCGGGCCGGAGGGCAGGGCUCGCUGGAGGAGAAGAUUGACCAUCUGGACACGCAGGUCAGACUGCUGAACAUCCGCCUCAGCAGAGUCAUAGACAGUCUGGAGCGUGUGGAGCAGUAG